AUGAUAUCAAAGGAAUACAAAUUGCAAUUAAUUGCUAAAUCAUUGAAUGAAUUGGGGUAUUCGGAUAUAUCCAACCAAUUAAUUGCCUCCACAAAUACCGAUCAAAACCAACCAAAAUUAGUUCAAUGGUUUUAUGAAUGUUUAAGAAAUAAACAAUAUACUAUUUUGGAAAACUACAUAACCGAGCUAAUUGAUGGUAAACAAAAUGCAGAUGAAUUUGUUCAUUUGUUGAAUAUAUCUCCUGUUGGUGAUUCAACAUCAUUGUUGAAUCUAGUUCUAUAUUUGAUAAGACGAAUCAACUAUCUCGAGAUUAUCCAUACAUCCAAGAAUAAUUCAGUUGAUGAGAGAUUGAACUACAUAUCGGGCAAAAUGAUGCCAUUGUUGGAUAAUAUUGACAAUAUCUCCCAAUUUGACUCGAUUUUUGAUAUCAAAAUGUUGCAUAAAUUGACAAGCGAACAGGAAACAACUUUAUUGUUGAAUGACUCAAUUCCUUUUAAGAAAUACCUUUUAGAUGAUGGUCUUGAAGAUUUGCAGUCUUUUGUUGAUGUAUUAUUUGAUAAGUUAUUUAGAAAUGAACCAUUUGAGGACAUUCCGGAUUUGACAACCAUCUUGCUGCAAGCUUCCAAAUACCAACAAUUGCAAUCACCAUAUUACUUACCACCAAGAACCAAGCAAGAAAGACGAAAAUUACCUCCAGAAAGUCUUAUUCCUCCUCCAAGUAAAAAAUACCAGAAAAAUUUUCAUCCUGGAAAAUUAUUGCACACAUUGACAUAUCAUAAAGAUGAAGUUUGGUUUAUUAAGUUCUCACCAUCUGGUAGAUUCAUGGUUAGUGGAUCAUCAGAUGGUAGAUUGGUAUUAUAUGAUGUGGUUAAUAAUUUCCAAUUGAUCAAAAUUUUAGAACCAACUUUAGCAGCCGACAAUGCUGCUUUUGUUGCCUUUUCUUCCAAACCUCCUUCUUCAACAAGUAGGAACAAAGCAGUUAUUUAUUGCUGCUGGGAUCCUAAUGAAAAUUAUCUUGUCAGUUGCUGCUUGGAUACAGUAGUUAGGGUUUGGUCUAUAGGUGAAAUCCACAAAAAGAGAAAUACCCGCAGCAAUAGCAGCCUUGCUGACGCUACAAUUGGAGAAUUCAAAUUGAUUAGUUGUUUUACAUUGGCGCCAGAUAUAAAAACUUGGACAUGUGAAUUUUUACCUGAGAAUAAGAAAAUUGUUAGUGAUACCAUCAACUCGGAUACUCCUCAAUUUAUUGUUGGUUCACCAGAUAAAGUACUUAAAUUAUUUGAUUGCAAUGGAGUUGAAUUGUUUGAUUUCUAUGGUAACAUCGAAGAGGACGACGACGAUGAUGACGAUGGUGAUGAUGAUGAUGAUGAUGAUGAUGAGGAAGAGGGAAAAAAACGUCGCCAUAAGAAUCAAGGUAGUGCCGAGGAUAGUCAUGGUCCAUUUGCAGAGAAUAUUAAGAGAGACGAUGUAUCUAUGAAAGAUCCUGAAGACAUCCCAAAUGCAACUGAUAAACUGAAACCUACCAGCUCCACUAAUAACUCUCUGAUUAACAACAAAAAUCUUGAAAGUAAUUUCAAUAGAAUAAAUGAUUUGGCUAUUACAAAAGAUGGGAAAAUGUUAGUUACUUUGAAUGACCAUCAAAUUCAUUUUUAUACAAUUCCAGAUGUGCUCAAUGAUGAAGCCACCACAAGAAGGAUUUCAAAUAUUGAAUUUAAAGGAAGGUUAACAUCAUGUUCAAUUUCAAAUAAUGGGAAAUACUUAUUGAUUAAUAGUGCUCCAGAAGAAUUACAAGUUUGGGACAUAUCUCCAUUGAAAAGUUUAGAUGAGCCUAUAUUAUAUAGAAGAUUUUUUGGACAUUCCCAAAGUUCAUACAUUGUUAGAUCUACUUUUGGAUAUCUUAAUGAGAACAUGACUGGUUAUGGCAAAGAAAAAGAAGAUGAUGACGACGACGAUGACGAAGAAGACGAAGAAUAUCCUACUUCGGGCUGUGAAGAAGAAUUGAUUUUGACAGGAAGUGACGAAGGAUAUAUCUAUUUUUGGAAAUUACAUACUGGUCAAUUUAUCACAAGAAUUAAAGGUCAUGUUGGUUUAUGUAAUGGAGUUGAUUGGAAUAGAAAAGGUUCUGUGGUUAAAGGCAAAGAUUUGGGUAAAAUCUGGGGUAGUGUUGGUGAUGAUAAAUUGGUUAAGAUUUGGACAGCUUAA